AUGGUUGGUCAAUCAAACACACCCGGCCAACUUCAUCGCAGCUCCGCCUCCAUUUCACAAGCUGCGGAGUGCUACCAAGGAAUGUGCCCCACUUGCCUAGCCUGCGGUUCGGGUCAGGACAGCUGCAUCGCAUUUGGAGUCGAGCCCAGUUCCCCAACCACAUGCAAGGACCUCUACUGUCAACACACAAUUUGGGUUGAGGCAAGAAAGAAACCCAGGAAGCUGCAAGAAAUGGCACCAAAAGGGCUCCUGAAGCCCCGUCAGAGGCUAUCUAAAGACCGAUUCCCAGAGUAUUUUGAAAAACUCACUGCUCAAACAUAUGACCACGCAUCAAGGGGAAGCAAUAUCGGAACAAUACGGACAAUUGCUUGGAAUCCGACAGGGUCCUUGGUAGCAACGGGCUCAUCAGACAAGACUCUACGAGUUUGGAACCCUGAAAAACCCAAUGUGCGCUAUUCAACUGAGCUCAAAGGGCACCAGGGUGGCAUUGAAAAGAUAGCCUUCAACCCAGUUAAAGACGCAGAACUCUGCAGCGUCAGUAACGACGGCGUGGUCAAGUUCUGGGAUGUCAGGACAAAAACCUGCAUCAAUGAAGUCAAGGGGUUAGGCGCGGCCAUCACUGUCGUCUGGGCACCUGAUGGCGAGUCCUUGAUCGUUGGAAACUCGGCAGACAAUCUUUACGUUCUAUCACCAAGAGAGCCCACCCCGCGGUCAUCGUUCCAGCAGCCUCUGCAGACCAACCAGAUCUCUUUUUGCUGGAGCGGCCAGAGGAUAUUCGCUGCCACCGGAGACGGCAGGACUAGGAUACUGUCGUUCCCGGACUUUGAGCCUGCUUAUAGGGUUAAUCACCCCGUCUCGGAAGGCGAGACGUCCGAGUUCAGGCUUGCGGGCCACACGUCUGCAUGCCUCACUGCGGAGCUCAGUCCUACCGGCAGAAUCCUGGCCACGGGAGGGUCGGAUUCCAUGAUUGCAUUAUGGGAUACCUCGGACUGGAUUUGUCACAAAACCGUUGGCAAGAUGACUGGCCCAGUGAGAAGUAUCAGUUUCUCAUUUGACGGCUCAUACGUCGUAGGUGGAAGUGAGGACGGUGUCGGAAUUGAGGUUACGCACGCAGAGUCUGGCGAACAUGUUUACACCAUAAAAACGAUAGGAUCGUGCCCUGUGGUGGCAUGGGCACCAAACAGAUACUGCCUCGCCUACUCCGAUGCAAACACUCUGCGUAUCAUCGGGGUCGACGCGGAAAACCUAUUGAGGAAGAAUUAA